GACGCCAGGACUAGAUGAAACCGAAGACAGACACAACGGUUUGCUUUCAAAUCAUACAAUCCGAGGUCUCAAAGUCGAAGAGGGUUAAUCCCCUCCCGUUCCACUGUUGCCCAAGUCCAACCACCAGCGAGAUGGCGGGGACCGUGACCGCGACCGCAACCACGGCCACCACCGAGGUCGGGACCACAGUGACCGCAGCCACCUCCGAGAUGGAGGCCACCGCGACCGCAGCCACCUCCGAGCUGGAGGCCACCGCGACCGCAGCCGCCAUCGGGCCGCCUUCAGCCAUCCCCGAAAGCACAUUCCCUCCAGACCUCCACUUGCAUGUGAUCUGGCGUAAGACUGACAAAUGAUCACUGGCCUUUGUUACCUGUUUUUGUGCAGAAGGCCCAAUCCCUCCAAGCCUCCACUUGCAUGCACUAUUCCACUGCCUGAUUGCUACUGUCUGUGUCCAGUGCACCAACAUCUUCCUCUGCUGCAAUUAUUACCUAUACUCCAGUCAUUUGCUGAACGAACAUAUAAGAAAACGCCAAUCUACAAGGUUGAGUCUGAAGGCCAGUCUCAUCAGCCUAAGUUCACAUGCACAGUGGAAGUGGGUGAUCAACAGUUCUCAUCAACUGGUAGUUUUAGUCGUAAGAAGGAAGCAGAGCAGGACGCUGCGAGAGUUGCUUAUGAGAUCUUGACAACAGUUAGUGAGAGUGACGUUAAGGAGGCAUUUGAGCUAAUUGAUCAGGAUGCAGUUUUCUGCAAAUCAAUUCUCAUUGAAUUUGCUGUCAAGACAAAGACCACUUUGCCCUCUUACUCUGUAGUUUGUGUUUGUCUCAAAAAGCCUUUGACCCUGUUCGCUGCAAUUGUGGUGUUUGAUGGAAAUGCAUAUCAUGGUGAAUCUGCACCCAACAAGAAAGAUGCAGAGCAGAAUGCAGCUCGUGUUGUGAUCAAGUCGAUUUUAGCUAAGCAUGACACUUGUAUGGUGAGAAUUGUUAGAUCGAAGAAACAACUUAUAACUGCUGUCAGAUCUUCUGGAAACACCCCAGCUACUUUUACUCCUAUACAGUUUACACGGCCUGUUUCAUAUGCAGCAUAUGGCAGACCAGAUGAUACAACACCUGUUUUGCCAAAUGAAUCUUCCUCAUUAGCUGUUCAACGAGGCAUCAAUGUUGUACCUGCAGUUGGGACAUCUGUGAACCCAUCGUCAGCAAAUGUAAGUCGCUCAAAGAAGCGCAAGGGCAGAGUUGAAGGAGCAGGAGGCAACGACACAUGGGUUGCCAAGGGUCAUUAACUUCUCAGCCAUCAACAUCUAGGAUCCUGUGGUCAACCUUUUGGCAUUCGAUUCGUCUUGGUACCUCUGCCUGUCAUGUUGUUUGCUCAAACCACUGCAUAUCGUUGUAGGUUGCUUUUUUAACCUUAACUUUAAUUCGUAACCACUGCAUUUUGUAACUGCAUAACAAUUCGGCUGGAUCAGUUUCCACCAAAGAUAUAACGAACGAAUGGUAACAGCCUUUAUCUACGGAAAGAUUGAACA